AGAUCUCCACCGACCAUAGAAGCGCGCGGUCUUCCCUCUGUUUCGGUGGACAUCUUCCAGACUCGGCAGAGGAGGCGUCCGGGCGCUGCGCCCUGUGUAGACUGCGCGCCUUCCCCUCACGCAACAGAUAGGUUUGGCUUGGCUUGGCCUGGCCAGAAGAGUACUGCUGAUUCCGCGGACUCCAAACAGUCGGAUUAGUAGAGAUGAACGACCGUGAGAAUAACAACAUCUCGACCAACCCAUUCGCAGCGCUCUUUGGAUCAGUGGCUGAUGCAGAGCGUUUUUCAGCCAAACAGGGCCAACAGCAUGGUGACAAGAUUGAGGAUGAGAGCCCCACAGAGGGUUUCACGGAGAGCAGCAGCAGCAGCAGGUCGGAGAGCGCCGACGAGGAGACGGAGGACUCGGUGGAGGCGUGCAAGCGGGAUUUCCGCAACCAGCAAGAGACCUGUGUACACCUCAACCUCAACCACAUGAUCCAGCGCGUCUUCCUCAUCACGCUCGACAGCAGUGAACCCAGUACUCGGAACAGCAAUGGGAUCCCACCAUGCUGCGUUUAUCUGCAGGAGACAGUUGCGCAGCCAGACGCACAAGACUGGCUCGAUAUGGACAACUUGGAGCAGGCGUUGUUCACGCGCCUUUUGCUGGUGAAUCCGGACAGACAUGUGGUUUCCAUGACCGCCGGCCAGGCCAAUUUUUCAGCAGAACGUGAUGCUGGGGAGCACAGCGUGCUGCACUAUCUCCUCGCCUGCUACCGGCGCGCCAAGAUUGAGUUGGCCAAAGUCCCGGAGCACUUGCUUAGCUCCGUGGUUCAGUGCCGCAAUCUGUGCGUGUCCAACGCGCGAACGAGCCUGCUGACGCCAGAAAUCUACCCCGACGCGGACACGCAUGCCCAGCUGCUGGAACUGCUGGCCGACUCUGCGUCCGUCACCCCCGGUGGGGCGCUAGGCGAGGGGGCCGAGUUCAUGCAGGCAGUGCUGUCGGCGAUGGUCACCGAGGGCGACUCCCUGGAGGACGCCUUUUGGCCAGCGCUGGACGUGCUGCGGGGCCAGCUGGACACAACGCGUCUGGAGGGACCAGCCCUGCCGCGCUGCUUGGCGGCACUCAGCGCCUGGGUAGCGCACCCCGAGAUGGCCAAGGUGCUGAUGCGGCACGUGGCAGUGGCGGAUGGCCAGCAGGGCGCGCAGUACGACAGCACGAUCCUGGGUGCGGUGCUGCGCCCCUCCUGCCUGCCCCUGAGCCCCUUCGCUCCCCCAGGCCCCUCGGGCGUCGGGCAGCAACCAUACUUCUCCAACCCGACACGCAUUGGCCCCCACGAGCUGCACAUGCAGGAGGCCAACAUACACCAGUUGAUGGCGCACCUGCAAGAGCAGAUGAGCCUGGUAUUGCGGACACUCAUGCAGAACCCGGAGACGCGGCACAAGCUGCUCUCCUGGCUCGCCGGAUGCUUGAGCGCCAAUGCCGGCCGGCGCAAGCUCUGGGCCAGCCAGAUGCCUGCCCUCUUCCAUCAGGGCUUCUCCUCUGAUGGUAUGCUGCUGAACCUAGGCGGUGUCCUUGCACGCCUCUGCCGUCCGUUCUGCCGCCCGCAUUCUCCCAAGUUGCUGAGUUUCGACCCCACGUAUUGUGCAGCGGGAUCGCUGGAGUCGACCGCGCGUGCGGCACGUGGAGUGCACAUGGCUGGACUGGAGAAGGAGACGUGCUUGGUGCCGAGCGACCCGGGCGAGACGGUGCAUCUGGCCGAGUCGUACAACCUGCUCACUGAGAUGCUGAUCAUGGCACAGCUGACCCUCAGUAUCGGCUUUCACAGGCUGCACGGUGAGCUGGUCAAUCUGAAUCGGGCUCUGCAUCAGCUCCGCGCCGCCUGGCAGGACGCCACGACGGUUGGGUCACCGGCCGCUGCUGGGCUGCAGGAGCGGUUUGAGCACGCCACCUCAGCCUACCUGAGUUUAAAGGCAGCCCUCACUGAGCCACAGGCACUUGGCCACUUCCUCGCCAUUCAGGCCGCCACAGCCGAGCUCUGUGUGCAGUACGCACUGGGAGAGGGGCGACCGGCCGAAUACCGCCAAGUGCAGUUUGCCGACGAGGACGAUGGGGAGGGCAGUGCCGGAUUGGUGGGCAGCCUCCUCAAAUACACACCGGAGUUCUUGGUGGACAACCUGGCCGACCUGCUCAUCUUCCUGCGGAGGUUUUCUGAAGCGACGCUGGAGGAGACUGGGGACUCCCUGCAGGACUUCCUCAAGCUUAUCACCCUCUUCAUGGGCAGCACUCAUCGUAUGCGGAACCCCCACCUGCGGGCACGCCUGGCCGAGGUGCUGGAGGCCGUGAUGCCACGCGUUGAGGAGGCGACGCCUCCCUCCGGUCCUCCCGUGCCCACGCUGCGGCGCGAGCAGGCCUUCACCACUUAUCCGCACGCGGCCCAGCUCGCUUGCGCCCUUCUCAACGUCUUCGUCGACAUCGAGUUCACCGGCGACCCGCACCAUUUUGAGCAGAAGUUUAACUACCGGCGACCGAUGUACCCAAUUCUGCGGUACAUGUGGGGUCAGGAUGAUUACCGGGCCAGCAUCAAGGAUAUGGCAAAUCAGGCAUUGCAGAACAUCGAUGCCACAAAUGCACCCCUUUUCCUGCGAUUCCUUAACUUGCUGCUCAACGAUGCCAUAUUUCUACUGGAUGAGGCCAUACAGUAUCUGAGCCGCAUCAAGGUGCUGCAGCUGGAGAGAGAGCGCGGCGAGUGGGAUGGCGAUGAGCCCGCAGCGAGACGCGAGCGGGAGAACAGCCUCAACAUGUUUGGGCAGCUGGCGCGGUUCCACAACAUCAUGUCCAACGAGACGAUCCGCACGCUCGCAUUCCUCACGCAGGACAUCAAGGCCCUGUUUGUGAACCCGGUGCUUUGUGACCGCGUCAUCGCUAUGCUCAAUCACUUCCUGCAGCACCUCGCCGGCCCGCGCAUGGGUGCCCUGAAGGUCAAGGACUUCAGCGAGUUUGACUUCCGGCCGCACCAGCUGGUCUCCGACAUCUGCACCAUCUACCUGAAUCUGGGGGAGAAGGAAGCGUUCUGUGCGGCCGUGCCGAGGGAUGGGCGCUCCUACUCGCCCACGCUAUUUGCGCAGACGGUGCGCGUGCUCACCCGCAUCAACAAGCCCAGCGACAUGAUCACCGCGUUCGUUAACCUCGCCGACAAGGUCAAGUCUCUGGCUGACCAGCACCAGCAGGAGGAGGAGACGUACGCAGACGCGCCCGACGAAUUCCUGGACCCCAUCAUGAGCACACUUAUGCAGGACCCCGUCGUGCUGCCGUCAUCGCGAGUUACCCUGGAUCGUUGCACCAUCGCACGGCACCUGCUCAGUGACCACACGGACCCAUUCAAUCGCAGCCCCCUGACUAUGGAGCAGGUGAAACCCGACACGGAGCUCCAGGACCGGAUUCAGGAGUGGCUGCAGCAGCGGAGGCAACAGCAACAGCAGCAGCAGGAACAGCAGCAGGAGGAACAGCAGCCAAGCGGGACCAGUUAACCCCCUCCUACCCCUGCUGUGUAUCCAAUGUACAUUUAUAAAGCAAACCGGAAUAAGCCAGACCGUGACUAUAGCAAAUAUAACAUUUACCAAGUGUGACUUAGCAACUAACCACGAUACUGCUUGACCUACAAUGUGAAGCUUUAUCAGCAGGGGUGACCCAUUCAACCCAUAGCUUGAGUGUCAAUGUCAAUUAACAGCACACCGUACCAGGCAGCCUUUUACUUUCCUCGACAAUGCUUGGCGCUCACAUCACGGGUUGAAGAAUUUAUAAGCAGCAUCUUCCUUGGCUAACGCUGACCGCGAGGUUAUAUAAUGCAGCACAUCACCUUGCAUUCCAGACAACUGCCCCUGUUUGCAAUUGUGUUAAAAACAAAGCCGUUUUGAUGAGUUCAGAAUGUUAAAUAAUGGGGGUGUAGAUAGCAAUGUAUGACACGAGGCAUUUAUCAAUAAUAAUGAAUUGCUAACACGGGUAGCUUGGUGGUCCAUUGGUGGCUUGAACCCAGCGAUCCGAUCCCUGGACAUGACUCACAUAUUUGGUGAGUGAUAUGUGAACCGGUCCCGACUAACUUUCCACCUUCCUUCAUCCUCUGCAUUGACCAGCGUCGUGCAGCAUUGCCAAGCAACCCCCAUGACCGACGGAGUACGGAAGUGCUGUCACCCAGCACUGGAUUGAGUAAGAGCUGUAAAUUAUUAUAAUUAAAUGUAUUUGCUAAAACAUUUAAUUUAAUUUAAUAUUCUACGUAACAUAUUUAGAUGGCUAUACGUUUAAGUUCCUGAAGCUAGCUUUACACAUGCCUUGCUGCAAGUGCAACAAGGGAAAGUUUAUUGUCUUCUAAAGUGUAAUCUAAUGCAGCGUACAAUUGGAAAAGUGAAUCGGCAUCGAGCCAAGUAAAAUUUUUCCACUUAUACUGCAUGUCACCGUGUAGAAGCUUUCGAGCGUGUAAAUCUGCAAAAUCAACAUUGAACACAUGCAGGCUAUAUCUGUAGGCGAUCGUCUGCUUUAUAUUGAGGCACCGUGUGUGACAGCGCCGCUCAAUACAUUGUUUUACAAGUCUGUUGAAAUUCUUAAACAUUAAAAAAACGAAGCGACAUAUGUUUCAUCGUGAGGGCUUUUAACGGGCUAGACGAAGCAUUGCCAGUGUAACCUAAGUGAUCCAAAAGUUAAUGAGUCUCGUCGAUGUGGGAAAUAAUCCUGGUUUGUAAAGUAGCAACGCGCAACAAAAAGUAUGGAGUAACUUUGAAAACGACCUUGCAUACAGCAGGGCUACAAGCACGUUAAAAUAUCUGGAAUUGAGACUCAAAUUGUUGAUUUUAUUAAGCAAAAGUGCCAUUAUUCAUUUAUAUUUCUCAUUUAAAAACACAGCAGCCUCUUCAGUCUUGCUUUGGACUGUAGUACUAAUUUUUAUUUAUGUUAAACAUGUUUUUGGGUAGUUUGUUGUUGGAAAGCACCAGCAUACCAAUAGAUGCCUACACAAAUGCACCCCAAUUUUCUUUCCCCCCGUGACCUUUUUUAUUUGGUUUCUUUGCUACUGUUUGACACAGUCACGAGGCUUUUGCAACUUUUGACAGCUCCCAUAUACCUCUAUCUGUUCUUCUAAAUAAAUUCCACAAUAGCUGAUUAUUAUUUAAGACAUUCAGAAAUCUACUUUUUUUUACGUUUCAACGAUGUGUUGUCACUGUAUUUCCUCUGCCUUAGUAGGUGUAGUACACACGAUUCCGCUUUGACACGAGUGCGUGUGGGUCCUUGGCUUAAUUGGACUCCGAAGGCAACUUCUGACGGUGAGCGCGUGCCACGGUUGGAGUGUGGAAUAUGCGGGUGUGGGAAGCCAACGUAGCGUGUGAAGGAACUCGCAAGUGGCUCUUAUCAUUUCUUUAUAACUGCUCUUUGUGUUUAGUUGUCCUUUCCCCGCACCUGCGAUUAGCACUACUAACGUACGGUGCGAAAGGAGUUCAUACAUAGACUCGCACAGAGACGCAUAGACUCGCAUAGACACAUAGACUCACUCAUUUCUUUCGAACUGCUUUUGUGUUUAGUUGCGUUAAAGAAGUUCAACAUGCAUACCAAUGGCUUGCUUUUGAGGGCUGAGCAUGGUGGUGAGUGGUGCGCUGGGGCUAAGUGAAAUUUGGUAUCUGUACCCAGUACAGGUCCCACUACAUUGGAAUCCAGUUCAUUGCGGUUGUUAGACUGAGUUUCAUGAGCACGCUACAUUUAGCAUUGCAUUUAUAAGGCCCUAUUUCAUGUUAGACUCGCUGAAGUUCACUUUUGUAUUUAUUUUACUAUGUGAAUGUAACCCGAGUUUGUUAGAAGUAGGACUUUAUUUUUGUCGAAUUUUCAUUUGUUGCCAUUCACUAGACUAAUUUUUAUAUUUGUGUGUUUGAGUGAAUGAUGGACUAUCUAAUUCAGAUGGAGCGGCCGUGAAUGUUGCAGAUCCUGAUUUGAAAUUUCUUGAAUUAAUUUUAUUUCCGUUCUUAGUUUAUUAAUUUGGCUGCUUUAAAACAUGGGAAUAAAUAUCAUCUCUCACCUUAAUUGCAUGGUCUUAGGAGUCCAUAAUGUACAUAAUUUAUACUAGAACAUUGUACAUACCAUACUUCCAUAUCGUACAUGUGUGUGAUUUGUGUAUGCACACAUGAAUAUUUCUCCAUUGUAUUUUUCAUUUUACGCCUAGGAAACUAUUAGAGGACAAUAUUGGUAUAGACUAAAUGGAAGUGGACAUGCGUGUAAUUGACUGCACAUUGAUCUGUUGUAGAGUAGGUUGUUGUCUAAUGCUAAGAAUUGAAGAGGAAUGUUUAUGUAUAUAAGUAUAUUGAAUAUGGUAUUGGAAGAAAAAUGCUUCCAAUGAUAAAUUAAACAUUGUCAUUUAUUUCCUGAUCAUAUGCUGCAAACACACAUUCACUAACACAAGCGCAUGCACCUAGCAUUUUACUGUCAAGAGCUCAUUGCCACACACUCAUAAUUGUAAUAAUCUGAAUCUAAUUUCAAAGAUUGAGGAGCCUGCUGGUUUGUCCACAUUGAUAUGGGGGGGGGACCCAUAUCCCCCAUCAAGGAAUCUGCGGUGCACUGUAUGGGUUGAUACAAAAUAUGCAGUGCCGGCGUGGUGUGCCGUGGAUUAUGGGAGGAAUUGGCCUUGCGAUCCCAUUAAUCUGCGAUUGUAGAGGAAGAGUGGCACGUGAUUAGCUGCUGAAUGCACGAUACAUUUGCAGAUUACAAUGUUUUUCAAAGAGCAAAAUGGUUCAAAACAGUUUUUUGCGUCUAUUUUAAAGUGUUUUUUUUUUCAUUUUGAGAUUUUUUUUAAAGGGAAAAUCUCUUUUAAUCGACUAAAAAGUCACAUCAGAACACCUAAUCUUACGUGGUGUAAAUAAAACAUUAUUUGCAAAAAAGUUGUUUUUUUUUCCAUUCACUCGUUAUCCUUGCCCACUUCGACAGAUUAUGACUUUUCGGUCCGUGAAGCUUUUUAAAUCUGCCGCAGAUAAAGGGAGCAGUGGCGAACCACCAAUACAGUAGUCCACACAUUAUUACCAUUCGUGGGUUAUUGGGAUGCAAAUUAUUGUACUUCUGUAGCUUUACACUUCCAAAAGCACGUCUAAAUAUCAGUGUUUUUAAAUGCUUCUUGAAACUAAGUAAGAGCUGCGGUGGACUAUCCACUCAUCGGCAGUAGCCCCCAGCCUAGCGCGUUCCAGACGGCUGGCGCGGACACAGGCACCGCACUCAGUUGUGCCAGUGUCCAGUGGCGUCAAUUCCAUGGUUGACGCAUGCUGAAUACGCACCACUUUAUCCGCAUGUUUAAUAAUGGAAAUGUUGGGAUAACCAGAAUGAAUGCAAGUCUAAUUUAUCUGUUCCAUAUACAUACACGUGCAGGUUAAUAUUUCUAUUUCGUUUUGCACUUAUGGAAGUGAUGUCAUUUGCUUCCUGUUUUUGUGCACAUUCAAGAUUUAAAAUAAUUGCAAACAGGACCACAUUUGUUGCAGCGUAGUAUAAAAGAUGUAGUUUUUCAAAUCAUGAAGCACUUUGAGGUUUUUUUCUCUCUUUAAGAUUUGCAUGGUUUUUAAGUGAGGGUCGAUUAUCUGUAAGAGCAGGUUGAAAUGCUGAUGUGUUGGUAUUGAGUGUAAUUACAACUGGAAGUGCAAAUGAUUGCUGUAAUAAAGCUGUUGAAGGACUCGCA